CACUCCUCAACAUUCUUCUCUCUUCUUUUUUUACUUGAUGAUGCGUCCUGUGCGAUAGUCGUGAUAGUCUUUCAUUAUGGCGAGCAAUCUCAUCGGCAUAUCGGUGAUUGUCACCUUGCGCAACCCACCAGGCACGCUUGUCCAUGGCGUGGUGGCUGCAGUAGACCCGCAGACGGCUACCUUGACGCUCCGCGACGUUCUCUUCCCAGCUACCGGCCACCGCAUCUUCGACGGCUAUCACUUGGAGGGACAUGCAAUCAAGAAUAUUGAGGUCGACUCGCGCCAGCGUACCGGCCCUCCUCGGGCUCAACCACAACCACCCCCGCAGUCGCAUAGUCACGCACUUUAUCCCAGUAUCGAUGAGAGCCAGCCGGCAGCAGUUACUACGCCAGCGCCUCACACGACCGCACCACCGUUCGCGGAUCCCGCUAUCCUAAGCAUAGGCAAACGAGGAAGCGCAACACCUACUAUUCAUGCUACACCCUCCCUUCCGCAAGAAGCACCUGCCACACCGAUCAAGCAUACGACCACAACCUCUGCGCCCCUGCCAAAGAACACGCCUCCAUUGGUUGCCGUUGCUCAAGAUCGACCCAUUCGAAAGCCGAGUGCUGCCACACUUGAAAAGCCAUUCUCUGGCUUGGAUAUCACGGAUGCCGUCGAAACGAAUAGUGGCGAUGCGCUCACUCAGGAGCCUUCCCUCAUGCGACGAGUCAGUGCAUCCAAAACACGUACCGGGAAGCCCAUGGACGAUCACACUGCAACCAGAGCUGAGGACUCUUUCAAGCGCACUAGGCGUGGCGGAAAGGCCCGGAAGAAGGAAGUAGCUGCCCAAGAAAGGCGCAAUGCGGCCGAGCUGAACAACACUUCUCCCGAAGCACCUCGGAGAGGGAAAGAUAAUGGCUGGCGGAAGACUCCCCUGCUUCAAGAUCCCGACCAAACUCACGUGAGAACGCCAGGAAUCAUUGGUGGACGUGUGGGCCUGGAAGCUGCCACUGCGUCCAAUCGCAAAUCCAGGCGACAGAGAGCAUUGGAAGCCAAGAAUGGAUGGGCAACAGAAGAUGCAACGGACAUUCAAGAGAUGCCUGAAUUCGACUUUGCCGAGAAUCUGUCUAAGUUUGACAAACAGCGAGUCUUCCAAGAGAUUCGAAAUGAGGAUACUACAGCAGAUGAGGACAGGCUUGUCAGCUUCAACAGGGCGCGACCAGGGACGCACGGUGGUAAGAACUUGCAUCCCACGGAAAAUGUCCUGGACACGCGACGCAUUAGGAGCAACACCGAUUCCAGCACAGACGAGGGCGAACUGUCGGACCUUGACAGUGGUCGCAAUUCCAGGAGAGCGUUAUCCCGUGCAUCCCUCAAGCGGAUUCCAACUCGACAAGGAAUCGGUAUACAGGACGCUGACGCACACAUGCACUCAGGACCACCGUCUAGUCUGGUCACUCGUGUGGCUAGAUCGCACAUUAGAGCUCCCUAUGCCACUUCAUCCCAUGCGACGGGAAGUCCGUUGCCCGGCCGCCUUACUACCCCUCCAGAUUCUCCGCUUCUGGACACUACGCCGCGGUCAUGCCUCCGCCUUGUCACCAACAACCGGAAAUGCCAUACCAUCUCACCGGGAGGGAUGAAUGCUGUGGAGGAGAGUGCGGAAGACGACUUUGGUCUCUCAGAGGACAUCAUGGCAGAAAAUGCGGGGAGAGGGAUCGCGGAAGUUGCGCUUGGAGCCAUAAAUCCUGGUGGCCGACGUCUGGCGCGUGACAAUCAUAAUGCUCGUCCGGUCAUUGUGGUCUUAACCGGAAACCAUCGCGGUGGUGCAAGAGCAGUUGCUGCAGCCAGGCACCUUCAAGCAAGAGGGCCCAAAGUAAUAGUAGCAUUACUCGGUUACGAACGCAAUGCCGACUGGGAUAAGGACAUCCGACGCCAGGUCACUUUAUUCAAGAAACUCGGCGGAUCGGUUCGAGCGUGGCCAGACACUGAGGAUGCACUGAAACGACUCCAAGCACCGCCAGAGUUAAUCAUCGACGCACUCCUUGGCCGAAGUAAAGAAUUCGACGCCCUCGGAGACGAAGAUCGACGCACCGUCCUUAGCAUUGUCGGCUGGGCGAAUAAAUCUCGCGCCAGCGUGCUCGCUGUGGAGACUCCGUCAGGCGUCGGAGGUUCGACGGGCGAGGUCGCCAUUCUCGAAGGCGAGCCACUCGAGGUACGAGCCAAGUACAUUGUCUGUCUUGGAGCCCCGCGAACGGGGCUUCUCAAGGCGCUACAGAAUGGAUCUGGAAGAGAUCCGGAGUGGCUCAUCUGGAUCGUUGACAUUGGCGUCAAUCGGCCGUGGAAGAGCGCGGGUGUUGGCGGUGGCAAGGGCAUCAAGUUCGGGGAGCACUGGGUGGUGCAGGCGAGGUUCGUGGAGGGUGAUGAUAUCACUGUGAGGGCGUGAUGAUAACAGGGGCGGAAUUUGGGCAUUGGCAUUGCGAAUGGCGUUUCUUGACACUUUAUUACUUAGCGGUUCGGAGCGAAACUAGAGCGGCGUCUCUGUGGGUCAUGGGUGAUGCGUUGACGGGGAGAAUGAUACCUUCGUGGAGUUUCUAUAGAUGUACAUCUUUUCCUUCCCCUUGCGCUUCUUUCCCUGACGCUGGCUACCUGAGAUUGUG